CAGAAUCUUUGCCUUUUGUCCUUGUUCUACAGCUCCUCUUAGCUUGCCUCUCGUCUUCCAGUUAAAGCAUAGUCACAACUGAAACUAGAAAGAGAGAGAGAGAGAGGGAGUGUGUGAGAGAGUAGAGAUCUGAACUCCAAGCUUCAAGGAAUGGCAACGACGUCGUCUCAGUCAGCAUCAUCAUCGUCAACGAAAAGGAAGGAGGGAUUGGGGUGGAUAGAGUGGUUAAGGGGAUGGAUGUAUGUGAUACACGAGAUGCUCUUUCAAAGAAUCAUGGCUAGUCACUUGCAAAACCCUCUUCCUUUGCCUCCCGUCAAUGACCUCACUUGCAUUGUCACUGGAUCCACCAGCGGUAUCGGUUCUGAAAUUGCCAGACAAUUGGCAGAGGCAGGGGCCCAUGUUGUUAUGGCCGUGAGGAACACAAAGGGAGCCCAUGAAUUGAUCCGGAAAUGGCAGAAUGAAUGGUCUGGAAUGGGCCUCCCGCUCAAUAUUGAGGUGAUGGAACUUGAUCUUCUGUCCUUGGAAUCAGUUGCGAAGUUUGCUGAAGCAUGGAAUGCUCGUUCAGGACCUUUGCAUGUUCUUAUUAAUAAUGCUGGGAUAUUUUCCAUCGGAGAACCACAAAAGUUUUCAAAAGAUGGGUAUGAAGAACACAUGCAAGUGAAUCAUCUAGCUCCAGCAUUGCUUUCAAUAUUGCUUUUGCCAUCCCUAAUUAGAGGCUCCCCCAGCCGAAUUAUCAAUGUGAAUUCAGUUAUGCAUUACGUUGGCUUUGUUGACACAGAAGACAUGAAUGUUGUGUCUGGAAAGCGAAAGUAUACAAGCUUAGUGGGAUAUGCCAGCAGCAAGUUAGCACAGGUCAUGUUUAGUAGUGUUCUCCACAGGCGCCUUCCUGCUGAAGCUGGCGUUAGUGUAGUUUGUGUCUCUCCUGGAGUUGUCCAUACAAAUGUUGCCAGGGAUCUUCCUAGAAUCGUGCAAGCUGCUUAUCACUUGAUACCUUAUUUUAUCUUUAGUGCUCAAGAGGGUUCAAGGAGUUCUCUCUUUUCAGCCACAGAUCCUCAAAUUCCAGAAUACUGUGAAUUGUUAAAAUCAGAUGACUGGCCAGUAUGUGCAUUCAUCUCUCAAGACUGUCGACCAACAAAUCCGUCCGAAGAAGCACACAGCAUUGAGACUUCUCACAAAUUGUGGGAGAAGACAUUAGACAUGAUUGGUCUUCCUGCAGAUGCAGUGGAAAGAUUAAUAGAAGGGGAAGAAAUUACUUGCCGCUAUGGAAAUCAACAGGAGUAACAUUAUUUGCCGCCAUCAAACAGGAAAUUGCUAGUUCUUACCAGGUAGUCAACAUGGAAUGCUCCCAACUAUUUGGGCAAUUUUUAACAUUAAUUACAAAAGUGUUAUUGUGAAAUUAAAGUUGAAUUACUUAUUGUGGUGGCAGUUUAGUAUUAGGCUUGCGUAUGCAAUGGUUCCAAAAUUUAUAAGCUUCUAAAUUUACUUUGUAUCCUCAGCAGGGAAAUUAUUGUAAAUUACCACUAUCAGAAGCUCUUUUGGUUUUCUUGAAGUUUAUUAUAUAACCCUGGAUUUGAAUACAAAAUGCAAAUUUCAGUAGAUUCUUGGCAGUUCAA